CGGCAAGGGAUCAUGGGACACUCCUCGCCAAUAUGAAUAAGUUGAGGUUUUUCCCUUUACACGAUGAACCCCAGCCACCAUGAAUUACGGCUCGGUACUUCAUCACGACUUUUUCUGCUCUGUACUGUUGUCCAGCCACCAUGAAUUACGGCUCGAUGCAGCAAUGCAAAGCAAGGUCCACGUGCUGCUUUCAAUGCAUACAAGGAGUUUGUGCAGAAGGACACUACAGCUCUCUUCUUGGCUGCGGCAAUGGAGCACUUUGGACUACAGAAUGUGUCAGAUGUCCCAGACGGAUUCAUCCCAGACCACAUCUUAACUGGUCCACUAGAGGACAAAAGGACCUGGCUGCAUGGUGUAGUGUCCCAAAUUGUAGACAAAUUUGUCAUAUUUGAGGACAUUUCUGACAUUGUCAGCGGUGUAACAGAUACAGCCAGUGACCUGCCCAAACAGGGAGAGAAGCUCUCUUGCCGCGCCACAGGUUGCAAACGUGUAUAUAAGUACAUAAAGGCUAGGGAAAACCAUGAGAAAAGAGAGCAUGGGUUGACAGUAUCUCCCAAGGCAGUUCCAUAUACAGACAGUCAAAGUUCAGUGUUAGACCACAAAAAGCAACACACAGAGGCUAGACUGGGUUUUGGAUUCUUCUUGGCUGACCUGCAGGAUGCAGUUAAGGAGGGAGACGGAGACAGGCUAAUGCGAUUGUAUACUGUAGCGUUGAUGUUCUACAAGGCCUACGGGCAUACACAGUAUGCGUACAGCACACUACUUCUAACCUUGCAGGUCAAUCACACACUUUCCCCUUGCUUAGCACACAGUCUGGUGUGGAAUAGGUUUUGGAAUGGGAAGGGAGGAAUGGGAAGGAACAUUUCACUAGAUCUACAUCUAGAACACCUUAACAAUUUCCUUAAGUCCUUUUUAAAACGCAGUGGUCCAAACCUUACAGAACAAAUAGCAGACAGGGUCAGCAAGUCAAUUGGGGUCCUGAAAACUUUGAUGGAGACCACAGACAGAGAACUACAGGUCUUAAAGUCCUCUGGUAUACAUCAUGCUGCUAGUCAGACUGAGGACAUUUUAGCUCUGGUGGAAGUUUUUAGAGAGGCUGAGCUGUUCCAGGAUCACCCAGGCAGAGAGUUCUCAGCAUUCCCCCAAUUUAGCAGAGAUCUUUUGGCCAAUCUCAAAAGCACUAAUCUGAGGGGAUGGGUGAAGUCCAAAUUAAAGGAGUGGCAAGAUCACCCUGUUUAAAAAAAGGUUUUGAAUGACACCAAAUAAUUGUAAAUACUGUAAAAAGUUUUUGUUUCUGUAUAUAUUUCAUUUUGUAAUACGUUUAUUUAUAAUUUUAAAAUUUGUAAUAUGGAAAUAUUUAAACAGUAAAUUCUGUCAACAUUAUGUCUAGCAUCAUUAUUUCAAACAUAGCAUUUUAAGUUGAAAAAAUAA